AUGUUCCCUCCAUUCUCAAAACAACCACCACCAGAAAAUACCCAAAAUUCUUCUCUCAAUAUUUGCUGCAAUGAUGAUUAUUUAGAUUUAUUAUUUGGUGCUUCUCUCCCUUUGGAUCAAGUUUGUUAUGCUUUUGCUUAUGGAUCUGGAGCUAUUCCACAAAAAGGGGAAAAUCAAAAAGAAAAAAUGGUGAGGUUUUUAUAUAUUUUUUGUUGGGGGAGGGGGGGUCUUUGA